GUCCAACUGUUAUCAAGUAGGUCACAUUCCAGAGUUCAGACCGUUAUCAUUAGUGUACGUUUCCCCGAUCACAUGACAUACAGCAGGGUCCCGGGGUAACAUUAUAAGCGCAGUUGAACACAAACCGUACCGUCUAUAUACAGUCGUCAAGAUGACUUGUGGACAGCGAAUGAGGAGCGAAUUUCGCCUGAAGUCGUUUGGACUGACGCACAGCGACCGUCACGUGUUCACCAGAACGCCGUGGCUGAGUAACCAGUUGCCAUUCGUGCUGUACCGAGCUGCAGCAUGUCUGUACCAGGUCAUAGUCUACAGCACCAUACACGCCACCGAUGGCAAGUUCCGCCCCAAAAGUCUGGCGUUCCUGACUGAAUGGGGCUACCUCCUGCUCACAGUCCACAUCGUGUUGAGCGCAGGGCUCUGUUUUGGUGACUACUACAACUCUCGCUCCCAGCGUGAAGCAGCACCAGACGACGCUUUAUACCUGACGGGGUCUACUACUGGAAACGCAGCAGCUACAGGUGACUUGACAACGCAUACAUCACUCGGCCAGGACUCUGCCCAAACUCCGCAGCUAGCAUGGCACUACAAGCUCUACUGGGCCUUGUACAACGUUUCCUUCAGCUGGGGAAUUUGCAUCACGAUUUUGUUUUGGACGCUGGAGACACCAGAUAUAAGUGCUGGCAGCAUUUUUGCUCAUGCCAUAAAUUCUGUUACCAUAGUGAUAGACGUAAUGGUCAGCGGUCUGCCGUGCCGACUGCUACAUUUUGUUUACCCUUUGACCUUUGGGGUUGUGUACAUUCUCUUCACUGUCGUCUACUGGGCCGCAGGUGGAACGGGACUUGAUGGCCAACCCUAUAUCUACCCCUUCCUUGACUAUGGUGGGAAUCCUGUUCUAGCCGCUAUUGUAGCUGUACUGGCUGUUCUAGUAGCAAUACCAUUAUGUCACUGUAUCGUCUUCGGUCUCGUUGUUGCGCGAGAAAGUGUAGUUCGCUUAUUUAAGAAGCGUAGUUCACGUGGAAGUCAGAAUGUUAUCCUCGCUGCUCUGUAG